AUGGUCGACCUUGGGAAUGGUCCAGAGUUAAUUGGUGAGUUCGAAGGUCAGGAGGAAUCCAUCGCGUUUAAUCUUGAACCCAUAGACCAAUUACCUAAAAUCAAAAUCGAAGAAACGGAUGGAACAUUAGACAUUCCUACUUUCGAUGUUCCUGACAAACCACCAGAACCUACCCUAGAAAUGAUUGAGACUGAACAUGAGCUCAGUUCUGAGGAAAAAAGUCAGCUUCUAGAAGCCAUCAAGGAAUUCGAAUUCACAAGUAGCGGGAAAUUGGGGCGAACUAAUGUUAUUGAGCAUAAUAUUGUUUUAAAAGAGGGGGCAAAACCUCGUAACCAACCGAUCUACAGAUGCUCUCCGAGUAUACAGGCCGAAAUCGACGCUGAGAUCGAAAGGUUCAAAAACAUGGACGUGAUUGAAGAGUGCGUGAGCGAGUGGACGAAUCCGUUGGUUCCUGUAAGGAAGUCCAAUGGGAAGAUCCGAGUUUGCUUGGAUUCGCGGCGCCUGAACAGCUUGACAAUGAAGGACACAUACCCUAUCCGGAAUAUGCUGGAAAUAUUCCAACGGUUAGAGCAUGCAAAGUUCUUUUCCAUAAUCGACCUUAAAGAUGCAUAUUUCCAAAUUCCUCUUCGAGAAGAAUGCAGGAAAUAUACAGCAUUUCGUACGAAGCUUGGAUUGUUCCAGUUCAAGGUUUGCCCGUUCGGAGUGACCGGAGCACCUGCUGCAAUGAACAGACUCAUGGACAGGACGAUAGGAUUCGAUCUCAUGCCAGCAGUAUUUGUAUACCUGGAUGACAUCGUGAUAGCGACAAAGACCCUCACGGAACAUCUUAGAUUGCCUUUUGCUAUCGAAUCGGAUGCUUCCGAUACCGCCGUUGGAGCCGCUUUAACCCAGGAACAGGAAGGCGAAACCAGAAUAAUAGCUUAUUUUAGUAAGAAGCUGAGUAGGACUCAAAGGGCAUACGCGAGCGUGGAGAAAGAAUGUCUCGGUGUCUUACUAGCUAUUGAAAACUUCAGACACUAUGUGGAGGGUUCAAAGUUCAAGGUAAUAACGGAUGCUCGUAGUCUUUUGUGGUUGUUCACCAUCGGAAUAGAAUCGGGAAAAGCGAGACACACCUGUUUGCUUGUAGCAACAGAUGUGUUCAGCAAAUUCAUUUUAGUUCAGCCAUUUAGGGAAGCGAAAGCGAGUUCACUCACAGAAUUCGUGAAAAAUAUGAUUUUUCUGCUAUUCGGAGUUCCGGAAGUAAUUUUAACCGAUAACGGUACUCAAUUUACUUCAAAAUUGUUCAAAAGUCUUCUGGAGGAAUACGGAGUAAACCAUUGGUUGACACCUGCAUACCACCCUCAGGUGAACAACACGGAACGGGUGAAUCGUGUAAUAACGACGGCUAUACGAGCAACGAUCAAUCAGCAUAAAAACUGGGCUGACGACCUUCAGACUAUUGCCUGUGCUAUUCGUAGUGCAGUCCAUGACUCAACAAAACAUUCGCCAUACUUCGUGGUAUUCGGUCGCGAAAGAAUUUCAGAUGGUAAAGAAUAUCAACAAAUGAGAAACGAACAACUAUCAGGAACUACUCAGGAAGAAGACGAAUCGCGUAAGAAGCUGUUCGAAGAAAUUCGGAAAAAUCUAACGAAGGCUUACGAACGUCACAAGAAAACUUAUAAUCUUCGCUCAAACUCUAAUUGCCCUGUUUAUUCUGAAGGAGAAACGGUUCUGAAAAGAACAUUUGACCUGUCGGAUAAGGCUAAAGGAUUUUGCUCAAAACUGGCCCCUAAGUUUGAACUCGCCAUCGCCACCAAGACUGAUUCGCUGCUGAUCUGCAGCAUCAUCCCCGCUGAGUUUUCGCCAACAUCGACACGCCGUAAUCAACGCCGUUCCCGGUCACUGAUGAGCCGGUGA